GUUACUAUAAUAAGAUCCGACAUAGUAAGCCCAUAAUAUUAAUUCGGCCUUGUCUAUUCAAUAUUACGCUGCGUAUAGACCAGUCAAAUCCACCAACCAACAUUAAAGUGCGUGUGUAGUUCGGGGAUACUCUGUUUUUCUAGGCGGAUGUUGGCAAGGCGGAUUCGAUUGCCAGAAUUGAAUCUCAAAAUGCACUGGCUCUAUAAUGUUAUUGAUGAUGCUGGUGAGAUGGUAACAGCCAGUUCGCUGUCACUGUAAGCUGUUAGGGAGUGGAAGUUGAUGUCGCCUCGAGGGCUGGUUUGAACGACUUCCGCAUUCAGACGCAAUAUAGGGCAAUGUGCUAGAAAGCCCUAAGUGGCGGAACGAAAUGACUAUUCCUAUUCUGAACUAGCCUUGCUAACAUAACCAGGCAAAGUCUCCAUACUACUCGAUUGCUGGACAAUGGAGAACUCUUCAGCUUCAAUUGCGUGAAUUCCGAUAAUUCAACUGUUUCAAACAUAAUAAAGGAGUUGCCAGUCCUAGCAGCAUGCAGUGUUGAAGAUUAAUCCGUGCUGUGAUGCUCCUCUGAGGCCGUUUCCGUUGCUCGCUGCUCCUACGUCAAGGAAAAUUUUCUGCCACAAGAGCCCCCAAGCCCUACUUUUGCGCCCUAUCCCUAAACCCUCAUUUCUUCUCCUGGAAGUCCUCCUGGACGAUCGUGCAUACACGCCACGCCGCCCGCCGCGCCUAUCAUGGUCAACCCUCCAGCUUCAGACAACCCAGCCGACGCUAUCCCAGAGGAUGCUCAGCAACAGUCCUCUAUCUCUGCUCCUGUAGACAACAAUGGAUCCUCAAAGGUAAUACACGGACUGGAAGAGAGCGAUGAAUCCAACAACGCCUCUGCCCAUGUCGCAAAGAAACGGCGGACGGGCUCUGACGGCGAGACGGGUCCGGAACCAUCUAGUAUGACGGAGCAGCCGCUGCCAAAAGAAAAUGUGGGGCAGGGAGUCAAAAAUUCUGCAGAGCAGUCCGCGGGACCCCCCAUUUCGCCUGCCGCCAAAGUUGAACCCAACGGGAGCCCCGACGUCCUUGAGGAAAAGAAAGCAAACGGUCAUUCCACUGCAAUUCAAGGAGCUGCUACUUCUGCAUUUGCGCAGGACCAACUGGGACCAGACGUUGCUGAGGUCAUUUCAAAUAUCAUGAGUUAUUCAGAGCGAGUGGAGGAACAGUACAACCUCAGUCAGCAGCUUAAGAACUCAGGUGGAGGGUCGCAGCCUUUAGUGUUCGUCAAGGCCAACUCGCAGCUGAUGAUCCAGAGCUUGCCGAUAUUAGACAACUUGUCUACCCAAAUUCUUACUUUGCUUGCCCAAUCGUCCUACCAAGACCUAACAUCAAUUGUGUCCGAACCCACCUCCGAGAGCGGACAAGCCUACUCAACUAUGAGGUCUCUAUUCGACCAUACAAAAAAUGUAUAUACGUCCAAAGGAUCUUUUCUAUCGCCACGCGAGCUUGAUCUCACCGAACCAAACCAGGUGGAUAUCAUCAGGAAGGCCAAUAUGGCAUCGUUUGUCUCAAGCAUUUUCGGUAGCCAGGAGAUUGGCUUUUCUGAACUCGACCAAUACUUCCUGGAAAUAUUUGUGCCCGAGGGAAAUCGAUUGCUGAAAGUACAAGGUGCACUGUUCCUGGAGCUCAAAACUCAGGCGUACAUCGCAGCGAUGAGCUCUGGGAAACGCUCACGAACCGAACUUUUGUACGAAUUGUUCCCCGAUGAUCUCGAAGAACGAUUACUUUCCCGAAGGCCAGGUACAAAACAACUCGCACCAAGUGAGACAGACUUCGUAAAACGUGCUUACUCACGACGCGACAUCCUCCUCAACGAAGUGAACAACCCAGAGGCUGCUGCGGCAUUACCGGAAAAGUAUCGCUGGGAGGAUUUCUUAAGGGAUCUAAGCUCAUACGUGAGCAAAAAUUUCGAGGCUAUUAGUCAUCAGCAGACCAAAAAAUCGAGUAAAGGCCGGUUAUCAACGAAUGGUGAGGUGCAAGAAUCUCGCAGCGCCCCCCUCGAAGGGCAAUUUUCUGUCGUCCCCAACCCACCUGAAGCCGCCCAGGUUUCCCGUAGUGCCGCCCAUAGCGACCUCGUCGCAAGAGCCGCCCGCGCUGCUCAAAUCGCCCUUCAAGGUCAGGGCAGAGGGGCGCGAAACGCUGCUAAGGCCGCCCAGCAGGGCCGACAAGCUCAAUCAACAGCAGCCCAGGCUGUAUCUCAACCACCACCGCCGCCACCGCCACCGCAACAGCAACAGCAGCAAGUACCUCGAGUUCAACAACAGCCACAGUAUCUUGCACCCCAGGUACCGCAACAGCAGUUACAGCAACACCAACAAGUACCUAGUCACCAACAACAACCGCCCAAACAAUUACAGUUUGUCCAACCUCCACAGCAGGCGCCUGCCCGUCCUGCGCAUGGGCUUCCCCAAAGUCCCCAUCGGCCAGCUUCUCAGCACAUGUAUCAUCAAGCCACUAUGACAACGACAUUCCCUGCACACCCGACACAUCCAGCACAGGUGCCACCAGCGCAACCGGCCCAGAUCACAUUCCACCAAACCCCGCUCCAUUUUCAACAAUAUAACCCCGCCGCCGCACAUGCGUCAGUCACGGCAAGGGCACAUGCAGCUGCCGCCAAUUAUGGUUACAUGCCAGGAGUUCCCCAUUAUUCUCAGUCCCAGCCGACACAGAUCCUCUACGAACGAGCCAGGAUGGCGACGACAGCAAAGUCCUCACCCACGAACCGUCGUGCUGGACUUCCAAGCCAACGUCGCCCCUGGACAACGGAGGAGGAAAAUGCAUUAAUGGCCGGCCUGGACAGGGUCAAGGGGCCCCACUGGAGCCAGAUAUUAGCGAUGUUCGGACCUGGUGGCACGAUUAACGAAACCCUCAAGGAUCGCAACCAAGUACAACUUAAAGACAAAGCACGAAACCUCAAGUUAUUCUUCCUCAAAAGCGGCAUCGAGGUACCUUACUAUCUCAAAUUUGUUACUGGUGAACUGAAAACUCGCGCUCCAGCACAGGCUGCCAAGCACGAAGCGCGAGAGCGACAGCGUAGAAUGGGUGAUGAAGAUAAAGCGCAUGUAGAAGGCAUUGAAGGGAUGAUGGCACUUGCUGGCGCUCACGCGGGAUCAAAUAUGCCCCCUGAGUCUGCUCAUAGUAGCAUGGCUGGCUCCCCUGGGCUGAUGCACCAGCAAAAUCAGCCACAGCCACAGCCACAACAACAGCAGCAGCAGCAGCAGCAACAGCAACAGCAACAGCAACAGCAACAGCAGCAGCAGCAGCAGCAGCAGCAGCAGGAACACCUGGAAGUGCAACAUGCGCAGGAACAAAGCAUGGAGCAGACGUUGAUCCAAAGCCUAGCGCAGGACGCAAAGCAUGACGGAAUGCAUCUUGAGCAGCAACCACAGAAUAUGCAACAAAAUAUGCCACAGAGCAUGGUUGACCCGUCCCUUCAAAACCAGCAAUGAAGAACUAGUUUUCAUGGUACAUGGGGUAAAAAACAAACUGGUAUUACUCUAGUCUGGUUUUUUCUUACUCGUCUGGUUACACUGGGUGGGAUAUUUCUAUUUUGGUUGGAGUGGCCGGAAUAUUAUAUUUUCUUUCUGCAUUUGUAUUCACGGAAGGUUGUUACCAGAUGGUCAAACACUAAAAGGAUUGUUAAACGGUUGUCGAAGGGCUGGUAUUUGUUUUCUAGGCGCGACGAGAGUUUUUGCUGCUAACAGAUAUAUUCGUUUUGCACCUGAGGAUGAUGUUUUAACUAUUUUAACUAUUUUUUUAAUUUUUUUUAUUGCUUUGCUGGCUGUAAGUUAGAAGCGCCGAAACGAAAAGAAAACAAAAAAUUUGUCUAAAGUGAGAAGUGGAAACAGAAUACCAAUUCCUCAUCUAGAGAUUUCACAAUA